AUGGUCCCCAAAAUUCAGUUAUACCUCGUUAUGAGCUCUAGAUUAAGUAAUUGUUGGCCAUUGAAAUAUCUCAAAAGCAAUAAUGGACAUGUUAAAGAUAAUCCACAUGAACCAGAAACCUGGAAACAUGCCAAGAGUGAGGGACACGAUGAUUAUGGUCUUCUUGUCAGUGAGAAAGCGAGGAAAUAUGCCAUGGUGAAGGAACUUGAAGAGGCAGUGGGUCUCAAGGAGGGAANUGUUGUUCUCCAGUUUGAAACUCGGCUUCAGAAUGGCCUCGAAUGUGGUGGAGCUUAUCUAAAAUAUCUCCGACCACAGGAUGCUGGAUGGAAACCUAAGGAAUUUGACAACGAAUCUUCGUAUUCUAUCAUGUUUGGUCCUGAUAAGUAUGGGGCCACAAACAAAGUACACUUCAUUUUCAAACACAAGAAUCCCAAGAGUGGGGAGUAUAUGGAGCACCAUCUUAAGCAUCCCCCUUCUGUCCCUUCUGAUAAAUUGUCUCAUGUUUACACGGCUAUUUUGACGCCUCACAAUGAGGUGCAAGUUUUCAUAGACGAGGAACAGAAGAAGAAGGCAAACUUCUUAAGUGCUGAUGAUUUUGAACCUCCUCUUAUCCGUCCCAAGACAUUCCCAGAUCCUGAGGAUAAGAAGCCAGAGGACUGGGAUGAGAGAGAGAAAAUUCCAAACCCAAGUGCGGUAAAGCCAGACGAUUGGGAUGAGGAUGCACCCUUGGAAAUUGUUGAUGAAGAAGCUGAAAAACCUGAAGGAUGGUUAGACGAUGAACCUGAUGAGAUAGAUGAUCCAGAGACAAUUAAGGUUCUUAAUGGGAUUUUUAAUUAA